GUCUGAGACAAUUGCUGGUACUUUGUCUUUCUAGCUGAAUCACCUACAAAUUCAUCAUGAUUCUCCAGCAGCUCUUCAGAUUUUCUUACGUUUUCCAUUCUGCUGUCUCCAUCCACUUACGUAGAAACAUUGGUUUUUCUGCUGUUGUGUUCAAUAAGGCAAAGGAACUUGAUCCUGUGCAGAAACUCUUCUUGGACAAGAUUAGAGAAUACAACUCAAAAAGCCAGAAUGCUGGUGGCCCUGUUGAUGCUGGACCGGAAUAUCAGAAAGAUCUGAAUGAAGGACUUGCUAAACUCCAGCGAUUAUAUGGUGGUGGAGACUUGACCAAAUUUCCAGACUUCAAAUUUGAGGAACCCAAGUUUGAAGAAGAUCAGAAGUGAUGGGAAGGACAUGUCUAUCCCAGGUAGCAAAGUCAGGUUGGAUGUGUUGCAUUAGUCUGCAGCUGUAACUUAAAUAAACAGUUUGUUGUUCAAA